AUGUGUGGCAGGCUCCUGUGGCAGCUGUUGGCUGAGGACGGACGCCACUCCACCCCAGUGGGGCGCCUCCUGCUUCCCAUACUUCUGGGAUUCCGCCUGGUGCUGCUGGCUGUCAAUGGGCCUGGAGUCUAUGGAGGUGAUCAGAGUGAAUUUGUGUGUCACACCCAGGAGCCAGGCUGCAAGGAGGCCUGUUAUGAUGCCUUCCACCCCCUCUCCCCACUGCGCUUUGGGGCUUUUCAGGUCAUCCUAGUGGCUGUCCCCAGUGCCCUCUACAUGGCCUUUGCCCUGUAUCAUGUGCUUGGGCACUGGGAAGAACCAGGGAAAGUGAAGGAGGAAGUGAGCUGCAAAAGAGAGGGGAGGGAGGCUGGGAGACGCAGCCUGCUCUGGGCCUAUGUGGCACAGCUGGGGGCUCGUUUGGUCCUUGAGGGGGCAGCACUGGGUGGGCAGUACCAUCUGUAUGGGUUCAAGAUGCCCAACUCCUUUGCGUGUCGCCGAGAGCCUUGCCUGGGCAUCAUCACCUGCCACUCGUCCCGCCCUUCGGAGAAGUCCAUCUUCCUCAAGACCAUGUUCGGGGUCAGCGGGCUGUGUCUCUUGUUCACUCUUUUGGAGCUUGUACUUCUGGGCUUGGGGAGAUGGUGGAGGACCUGGAAGCACCAAUCAGCCUCCUCUAGCUGCUUCUCCUCUCCGGAGAGCACCAGGAGACCCAAGGAGCCAGCCGAUCGUCUCCAGGUGGUGGAAACAAAGGAGUAGUUUUGAGAAGCAGGGUUGUUGUAAAGAUACCCAGCUUGCCUGAAGGAAAGCCUAUGAUUGGAUCUUCUUCAAAACAUCCAGGGAAUGGAGG